CGAUCUGGCCUCUACUUUCCUUCACAAAAAACAAUGAUUAUGGAUUCUUUUCUUUUUCCUAUUUAUAUUCUCUGACUUCUCUUAUCAGCUUUCUCUCUUUUCCUCCCUUUCACUCACAUUGUUAGACUAAUUAAACUGAAUCCAUAAUAACAAUGGAUGGUGUUCCUGUUUCUGCUUCAAUCCCAGGACCAGAUUCUUCUGACUUUGUUGAAGUUGAUCCUACUGGAAGAUAUGGAAGGUACAAUGAAAUUCUUGGAAAAGGAGCUUCAAAGACAGUUUACAGAGCCUUUGAUGAGUAUGAAGGAAUUGAGGUAGCAUGGAAUCAGGUGAAGCUUUAUGAUUUCUUGCAAAGUCCUGAAGAACUUGAGAGGCUUUACUGUGAAAUUCACUUGCUUAAGACAUUGAAACACAAGAACAUCAUGAAAUUCUACACUUCUUGGGUUGAUACAACUAAUAGGAACAUUAACUUUGUCACUGAAAUGUUCACCUCUGGUACUCUCAGACAGUAUAGGCUAAAACAUAAGAGAGUUAAUAUUAGAGCUGUGAAGCAUUGGUGUAGACAGAUUUUGUUGGGGCUUCUUUAUCUCCACAGCCGUAACCCACCUGUAAUUCACAGAGAUCUCAAAUGUGACAACAUUUUUGUUAAUGGAAACCAAGGUGAAGUUAAGAUUGGUGAUCUUGGCCUCGCUGCAAUCCUCCGCAAAUCUCAUGCUGCUCAUUGCGUGGGAACACCAGAGUUUAUGGCUCCUGAGGUGUAUGCAGAGGAAUACAAUGAAUUAGUUGACAUUUACUCUUUUGGAAUGUGCAUCUUGGAGAUGAUCACCUUUGAAUAUCCAUAUAGUGAAUGCACCCACCCUGCUCAAAUCUACAAGAAAGUUGUCUCUGGCAAAAAACCAGAAGCUUUAUACAAAGUACAGGAUCCUGAGGUGCGACAAUUUAUUGAAAAGUGCUUGGCAACCGUGACUUCCAGGCUUCCUGCUAGGGAGCUUUUGAGAGACCCUUUUCUCCAAAUUGAUGAAUAUGACUCUGACUUGAGUCUGAUUUUGUAUCAGAGUGACUAUGAUGAAAUAGGCCCUUUCCUCAGACAACCUCUAAAUGGAAUUCAUCACAGUAACAGCUCUUUGAACAAUGGAUAUGCUAAUUAUACUGGUUAUGAUCCUGAGAAUGAUUUGGAUUACCACCCACUCAAUGAAGUCGAUGACUUUAAUUGUCAAGAGGAUGAUCAUUUGUCAGAUUUUGACAUCUCAAUCAAAGGUAAAAGGAGAGAGGAUAAUGGCAUCUUUUUGAGACUAAGAAUUGCAGAUCACGAAGGUUGCAUUCGAAACAUCUAUUUCCCAUUUGACAUUGAGACUGACACAGCACUGAGUGUUGCUACUGAAAUGGUAUCCGAGCUUGACAUCACUGACCAAGAUGUGACAAAAAUAGCAGAAAUAAUAGGUGGUGAAAUUGCUACUUUAGUACCGGAGUGGAAGAGGGGACUGGGCAUAGAUAAAAGUCCACAUUGCAGUAGUUUCUGUCACAAUGGUUCGAAUGGUUGCUUACCCGAUUUUGUUGCAUCAGAUAAUUCUGGAACCAAGAACCUUCAGGUUCUUCAGAGUUCUAAACAUGGAAGUGCUGCUGUCCAUGGACGAUUCGAAGAGAUCACAUACCAAGUUGAUGGGGCAGAACAAUGUGGUAAAGAAGGUGCAGUGGCUGCAUCAAGAGAAUCUGAUGCCAUCUGUUAUGCAGAUAUCUGGGCUCAGCGGGAAGGACCAGAGUUAAGUUCAGGAGGGUCAAGAGACAUCCACUGUGAUGAGGUGGGUGAAACACUGGACAAAUCAAUCUUCGGAAUGGAAGAGAAGAUUAUAAAUAUGGACAGUCAAAGUGAAUCUAAUGCAAGAAACUCUUUCUCCGUGUAUUCUUCAGAGGAAUGUGGUCUCUUAGAUGAUUAUGAAAAUGAAAUUAGGAGAGAGCUAAGGUGGCUUAAAGCGAAGUAUCAAAUGCAGUUGAGGGAGCUUAGAGAUCAACAAUUAGGUGUCAAAUCCAAAUCUUCCAGCUCAACCCCGAUUUCUGAUGACAAAGAGCAUGUGAAAGAUGACAAGGCUUCUCUAUCUCCAGUGUUACACGAAAGUGGAAACAGUAAAUCCCUCCUGAGAUCAAGAUCCUCUAAAAAGUUGACUUCAUCUCUCCCUGUUAAUGAUGAGAAGAGAUUUGGCAAUUUGGCCGACCAAAGUGUCCAAAGUUAUGAUCCAAUCAACUGGCCUUGUAAUCCAGAGUCAAUGGUCACUGCCAAGAAUUACUAUUCAGGAGCUCUGCUUCCACACUCCCUUCACAGGGCAACUUCUCUUCCAGUUGAUGCUGUAGAUGUUUGAAAGCCUUUAAAGUUCGCUAAAACUUCACCGGGUUUACCCUUUACCUAAAAUCAUGGCGAUGGAUGCUUGUACAAGCAGAAAUGUAACUUCUUUUUUUGCAGCAUCUAAAGCCUGUCUCCACUCCACGUGUUUUUUUUUUUUUUUUUUAAGGUGAAUGUCCAUUUAAUGUACAUUACCCACUAAUUAUAAAUCAAAGUAAACCAGGUUCCUAAAGCCUGCUCGGUUUACCAGAGGGAGAGAAAUCUUAUGA